AUGGUCAACUCCAACAUGAAACCCUCCGCGCCUGCACCCGUCUCGCACAAGAGAAAGAUUAUCAUCUUCUCUGACUUCGACGGCACAAUCUUCAUGCAAGACACCGGCCACAUCCUCUUCGACAACUACGGCUGCGGCGAAGAAGCCCGCAACAAACUCGACGAACAAAUCAAAACCGGCGAGCGAUCCUUCCGGGACGUCUCCGAGGAGAUGUGGGGAUCACUAAACGUCCCCUUCGACGACGGCUUCCUGGUCAUGGAAAAGACGCUGGAAAUCGACCCUGGCUUCCACGAAUUCCACCAAUACUGCAUUGAAAACGGGUUUCCCUUUAACGUCAUCAGCGCCGGGUUGAAACCUGUCUUGCGCAGGGUCCUAGAUACAUUCCUCGGCGAAAAGGAGGCCGCCGCAAUCGACAUCGUCGCAAACGACGCCAUAAUCAAACCGGACGGCUCAGAAUGGAAACCCAUCUGGCGCCACGACACCGAACUAGGCCACGACAAAGCACUCUCCGUCAACGAAGCCCGCGCAAAAGCGCAAUCCGAAUGCCUCCCCGACGAAAUGCCGCUAAUCAUCUUCAUCGGCGACGGGGUCUCCGACCUCGCGGCCGCCCGCGAGGCAGACGUGCUCUUUGCGCGGCGCGGUCUAAGGCUCGAGGAGUACUGCCUGGAGCAUGGGAUUGCGUAUACGCCUUUUGAUAGUUUCCUUGAUAUUAAGAGGGAGAUUGAGGCUAUUAGUGUGGAGGAUUCGAGUAAGACGGGUGGUGUGGGGAGGCCGGUGCGGUAUAACCCGCGUGCGAAUAUGUGGAGGCGGAUUUCUUCUAAGGAGGCGGUGCCCACUUUGAUGGCGGUUGCUACGCCCUCCAAGGAAGAGAAGAUGUUCCUUUGGCCAGAGACGUUUUCCGAUUACAAGCCCCAGGCGACGAUCCAGGAACGUGAUGAGACCGCAACUGCUUGA